UCAUACUUUUUAUUAGAAUUGCAUUGAAAGCAUGUGCUUACUUGUUCGAAUUUCACGACCUUACAAAGUGUCAACUGGCACAGUAAUACAUUUAUCAAGUUUUAGUAUCGCUAAAUUAACGCUCAAAAUCGAUGUGUCGCUCAAUCUUACGAUGGUCAACAUAAGAACAUCAGCAACGAGCGAAUCUCGCAAUCAAGCCGCAAGCUCUAACAACAACCUUGGCAGAAUGUCACGGUCAUCUCGCGCACAAGUCCUCGCAGAUUUGGUGGGACGGCCACAACAGUUGCGGCUCGUGCGCGCAGCUGGAAAAUCAUUGGGCGAAAAAGAGACAGCGAAGACGAGCUGGAGGGCCUCGAUCGAUCGUCGCCCUCGAGCAUGCGUCGUAUGCUGGUGAACAGAGAGCCGACGCCGCCGCCGGCAGCCUGCUCUAUACCUGAAUGGGAAAAGUGAGCUCUACACACGCACGCACGCGUCACUCGCCAUAGGCAGCAAGAACGAAGUGCAACGAGGAUCACACUGAUCAAAGUAUGCCGUCAGUCAGAAGGAUCAUUUUAGGCCACGUUAUGUCAGAUAUGCGCGCGAAAAUUAAUCGUAAGAAAAAGUUGGAGGGUGACGUCAUGGACACCCCAUUGAAGAGAUGCCUGUCUACGUUCGAUAUUACUCUCCUUGGUAUCGGCCAUAUGAUCGGCGCUGGAAUAUACGUGUUGACCGGACCCGUGGCUCGUGAUAUGGCUGGUCCCGGCGUUAUAUUAAGCUUUCUGCUGGCGGGCCUUGCAUCUUUAUUAGCCGCCCUUUGUUACGCGGAAUUUGGCGCAAAAGUACCGAAAGCUGGCAGUGCUUACGUGUACGCUUACGUUUCUGUUGGCGAGUUCUGGGCAUUCGUCAUUGGCUGGAACAUCAUCUUAGAGCAUAUGAUUGGUGCAGCAUCGGUAGCGCGCGCAUGGAGUGGCUACGUAGAUUCACUGUCGGGCAGAGCGAUCAGCAACUUCACGAAACGUUUGAUGUCCGGUCACAGUAUGGAGGAGCCAUUGGGUACUGUGCCAGAUCCGCUAGCAGCAACUUUAUGCCUCAUUUACGCACUUCUUUUGGCUCUUGGGGUGAAAUGUUCGGCAGCUGUAAACUCGCUGCUCACUCUUGUCAAUCUCGGUGUGAUGGGCCUUGUCAUCGUAUUAGGAUUCUAUCACGGGGAUUUGGCUAACUGGAAUUAUCGUGGCACCGGAUUCUUGCCGUUCGGAAUGACUGGAGUAUUUGCUGGCGCCGCGACGUGCUUCUACGCAUUCGUAGGUUUCGAUUCGAUAGCGACGUCCGGUGAAGAAGCUCGUACUCCAGGACGCAGUAUACCAUUGGCAACAGGGCUCUCCAUGGCUAUCGUCACCGUUGGCUACAUCCUCGUGAGCGCCGCACUUACGCUCGUCGAGCCUUACGCGAGGAUCAGUCGCGAUGCUGCCUUGCCCGAGGCUUUCGCCGCCAAGGGUGUGCACUGGGCUAAAUACGUCAUCAGCGUGGGUGCUCUCUGCGGCAUGACGACAACGCUCUUUGGCUCUCUGUUCUCUCUACCACGAACGAUGUACUCUAUGGCCAGCGACGGAUUACUGUUCGAUUUCCUCGCACGAGUGAGCAAACGUACCCAAGUACCAACGAUCAACCUUGCUAUAAGUGGACUCGUGUCAGCUCUCAUAGCGUUACUCUUCGAUCUCGAUCAUCUGGUGGAGUUCAUGUCCAUUGGUACUUUCCUCGCUUACACCAUCGUUUCGGCCAGUGUUAUCGUGUUGAGAUACAGACCACCGCCGCCGCCUUCUCAAGCUCAAGACAAUACGCUGUCGACUAAUACCACGGCGCCGAAUUCUUCGCACCAACUGGCUUCCCCGGCCAACACCGAUUUAGGCAUGGAUUUGAGCGAUUGCUACAGCAUGUCCACUUCCAUCGAGUCGCAGCUCCUACAAGGAUUCUGUAUGGACGACAUCGGCAAAGUGAGAGCGCGUUACGCUUGGCUGGCAAGCUUUCUGGGCAACUACGAGCCUGGAACUGCGGUGACCACGUGUAUCAUAUUCUUUUCCGUUGCCUCCGUAUCACUGUGCUCGCUGUUGGUCUUCCUGUCGCAGAAUGCUUAUUCGCCUGCCUGGUGGGAUUACUUGAUGUUGAUCAAUCUACUUGUCAUCAUUAUUGCCAGUCUUUUAAUCAUAGCUGCCCAUCAACAAAAUCCACCAAGUAUAAAUGGUUCAAGCUUCCGAGUACCGAUGGUUCCACUUGUACCAGCAAUUAGUAUUCUUCUCAACAUUGGCCUGAUGUUUCAUCUAUCCCUGUUAACGUGGUUACGGUUUCUUGUCUGGAUGAUAGUUGGUUUACUCAUCUACUUCCUGUAUGGGAUUCAUUACAGCAAAGAAGCCUUAGACCCGUCAACCUACGCUGUAUUGAUGGAAAGCGCCGAAGCGGAACGGGGUGCCAAGUGGGGCUCGUGUAGUCUUAGACUCAAUCGUAAAACCGACACUACCCCGACACUAGCGGCUGAUGAGUUUUUACAUUGAAAACUCUAACAGCAGUGGAAUCGUAGAAUGACAACAUUUAUGACUGAUAAUAUUCUAGUUGAGCGCAAUUUUGAUUAGUGUUCUAUUAAAUGAUUGUAAUAUAAAAAAAUGUUCUUAAUAAUGUAAAGUCAAAUCUAAAUUGCGUUUUACUAGAAUUUUUUGAAGAAGAUAGAAUAAAAGUUGCUUCGGUUCUUUGUAAAAAAAUAAUAAUAGAUUGAGAUAUUUUGGAAAGUUAAAUUGUGGAAACACAUGUUAAGACUGACAAAACUGGAGUAAAAGAAAAAAACACGCAACAAGUAUCGAAAUAUAAAUAUAAUGCAAAGUGUAUUCGGAAAUUCAAUUUUCUUCCAACCAACCAGAAUAUGGAAACCGUAACUGCGUAGAUAACAUUUGUUGUUAAAGAAAAAAAAAAUAAUGAAAAGGUGUGCCUUGAGAUAAUUGGCAUCGAUUAUAAUGAGUUACGUGGUGCUAUAAUUAUGUAGAAACAUUAUUUAGCCAGUCCGCGAAAUAUAGAACACGCAUGCAAAAAAUACAUAGAUGGAACAGCUGAAUUUCUUUGUUUGUAAUCCUGUAGAAUAAAAAAAUUGUUAAUUACUGCUUCGAUAUUACUCGGGCUGACUUUAUGUUCGAUCGACAAUAUCUUGGUGUGAAAUUGAAUCUAAAAAAAAGAAUAAUAAUAAGCAACGUUUGUAACAAUUACAAUGUAUGACGGCUAAGCGAUAUUGUGAAAAAGCUCAAUAAUAACCAUGAAACAAUGCAUUAAUAAUUAAUACAAAGAUGUAUGUAUAAUAAUAAAAAAAAAUACUGUAUUGUUACGAAACGUCAACGAGAAUUAUGGGCAAAAAUAAUUUUACUUUUGCAAAAUUUACUGCUGAAGACUAUAUUACCAAAAACUGUUCUCACAAAAAUGUCAUAUAUACGAAAAAACAAUCACUCGUAUAUAAUCUUGAUUUUGAGCAAUGUCAAUUGUUUACUAUAUUUUAUUAUUAAUUUUAUGAACGUAUUUUAUGAAUAAAUGUUUAUAAUGAUUUACUUACUUUAAAACUUCUACGUUUCUGGAUAAAAAAAUCAAAUUU